AAAAAAAUAAAAUAAAAUAAAAUAAAAAAUAAAAAUAAACCCCUGUUGCCGUCUUGGCAAGUGGAUAUCAACAACUUCCCAUCACCUUGUUCACAUGCUCAUCAACAUACCGACAACCCGCAAACCUGCUCUAUUGUCAUUACCAUUCUCAUCAACAUCAACAACGGCGCCAUCGUAAUUUACCAUCGGCGUCAUCGUCUUCAUCAUCAUCAAUCAAGCGGACUUCAAAAAAAAAAAAAAAGAAAAAAAAGAAAAAAAAAAGAAAAUAACGAGUUUGAGAAACGAGGAAGAAGGCUGGACAAGAUGACAACAACCUCCUCCUUCUCACGACAUGAACAAGAACAUGAACAAGAACAACAACAAGACGCCAUUCCGCCGGCGCAAAAGGCCCGCACCAUCGCGCACAUGAACGCCGACCACCGCGCCGACAUGCGCUACAUCCUGAUGCGCUACGGCGCCGACCCGCCCGUCCCGCCGUCGUACUUUUACUUUUCUUCCGGCAGCACCCGCGGCGCGCACAAGAAGCCGGCAGCCGGUUCUGACGCGGAUCAUGACCGGGCCGAGGACAGGGACCCGAUCAUGCUCGACAUCGACCUCGACCGCUUCACCGUCCGUCUGCCCGCCGGCGGGUCGGCGGCGGGGGCGGCGGCGGGGAGCGUGCACGCCGUGGCGUUCGACCCGCCCCUGCGGACGUGGGCGGAGCGUCGGGAGCGGCUGGUGGAGAUGACGCGGAUGGCGAGGGAAGCGGCGGCGGCGGCGGCGGCGGCGGCGGCGGCAUCGUCGUCAUCAUCGUCGGCGGAGGACGGGGUCGGUGUUGGGGUUGGGGUUGGGGUUAGGAGGGUAGUGGUGGUCGACGAGUACAUGCCGCCUCGCGUGCCGUACGACCUGGCCAUCUUCCUGGCCGUGCUGGCCUACUACGCGUCGCUCGCGCUGGUGCGGGCGGGCAUGGUUACGCCGGGCAGCCCGGCGGCGCGAUGGCUCGAGGCGGCGCGGUUCCCCGGCGGCGCCGCCGGGUUCCGGUGGCUCGUGGACGCCCUCCUGGUGCCGGUGCUGGGGAUCCACCUCGCCGAGACCUGGUGGCUGGAGCGGUCGAGGCUGCGCAAGUUCGGGGUCAGGCGGGGGAGUCGGGUGUGGUGGCUGUGGGUCGGGAGCGUCUUCAUCGAGGGGGCCAUGGCGUUCAAGAGGUUCGAUAUCAUCGUUGAGAGGUUGAAAAGAGGGGAGGAGGGGGAGGAGGAGAAGGAGGAGAAGAAGAGACGGUGAGAGGGAAAGGAAAAAAAAGG